AUGCUGUACAGUUUUGCACCGCCGCGAUCAGGUCCCCUGGUUAAGCGACGAAAAGUGCGCCGAGCAUGCGACUUCUGUCGCCAGCAUCGUGUUCGAUGCGAUGGCACACUCCCGUGUUCACAAUGUGUGACGAACAGGGUCAAGUGCGUCAAGCCCCGGGCCUCGCAUCUCCCAUCGCCGCCUGACUCCGCUCGAGCUGAUCAUAUCCGACUCUCUGCCCCCCCGUCUCUCGCACCAUCUGUCCCAUCAUCCCUCCCACCAUCUCUCCCUUCAUGUACUCCACCUUUCCAGUCAGUGAGCUCGUCUGCCCCGGUUUGUUCACCACGGGACUCGACCCAUGUAGUUGUCCGCGACCAGGACUGUCUUACCGGAUUUAUCUCGCGGAUCAAUACCUUUUGUUCUGUCGUGUCACAGAUGUCCGCACAAUCAUCUCCAGUAACUGACGAAUCACCCUCUUCGGAGACUUCGUACUCCACUCCAGACUUGCUUCAAAAUGCAGAGCAAACCCUUCCGCGGUUGAGCACGUCCAACUCGCAAGACCUUCAACAAAGCCUACUGAUGAUAUUUUGGGCUCGCUACCAGUGCUUAGCGCCGAUUGUGACCCAAGAAGACGUAUUAGAUUCUGAGCCGGGUCGAAAGCAGGGGCCCUUGCGAGACGCACUAAUGGCGUACUGCUUGCAAUCAGUCUAUCAUGCUGGACUACAUCAUCGUCUCCUGGGCGUCAAUACGACACUAAAUGGGGCACAAGAAAGCGCUUCGAAAAAGCAGCAGAGCCCUCUGGUAGCUUUGUUUGCGGCCUACUUUCAGAAAGCUUUGGCGAAAAACAGUCAUUUUCUCCUAUAUGCGGAACCAUCUGUGUCAGAUAUUCAACGUCAUAUUCUGAUGGCCCUGUUUCUCCUGAAUUCUGGGGAAGUCCUGGCCGCGUAUAAUAUUACGGGGGUGGCUAUUCGACUUGCGCAGUCGCUCGACCUGCAGAAUCCCCCGGAAUCUCACAUUAGUCAAAAAGAGGCUGAAAUCCGCGGUCGCGUGUGGUGGAUGUUGGUUCACCUCGAUUUUCGCUGCUCGCGAUACCUGGGUAAACCCGUUAUCGUCUCUCUAAGAGACAUGACACUUCCCAUUCCAAAUUACAGUCCCUCUACUGCCUCGGCCUUCUCGGACCUGGUAUUUCACUCAGCAACUAUCGCCCUAACGGUUGUUGGAAAAAAGGUUGCCGAACUUUUGGCGGCUCGGCACGAUACCAUGAGUGCGAACGACCCCAUUGGACAAAUCGAGCAGUUUGCGGAACAUCUCACUCACGAAAUCAGUAAUUUAUAUGAAUGGAGGGAUCGUAUCGUGAAGUCAGAGCCAUUCAAAGACUUGGUGCUUGUCGGUAGCGCUAAUCGACCUCAAACGUAUGCCUCCCGGGAAAAACUAAGACCUGAUGACGAUACAUGGAUGUUUUAUCACUCACCUGCUCGCAUCUUGCAACAAACACUCCUCGAGCUUCAAUUUCAUGAUCUUGUUAUUUGGUUUCACCGACCAUUCAUACAGUUUCCCAGUCUUGGUCUGGUCCCUCAACGCAGCCCGGGAGCCGACAUCCAUGCGACAACAGCUAUUCGGCACGCUUUAAUGGCCAUAGAGACCGUCCACCGGCGCAUGCUCAGUCAUGAUGCUCUUUAUGGAUGCUCCGAUGUUUACCAAUACGUGUGGAACGCAGUCCUGACUCUUGUGGGCUUUAUGUUGGCCUAUCCUUUGUGCUAUUGGUUCUCUGUCGCGCGACAGCACGUGGAGCUGUCCUUUCAGGUUUUUGACACAGCAAAGACCUCGAAUCCCAUUGCGUCUCGAGCUGCACAUCUCACUCGUUACCUCCUGGGCCGAGUCAAUGCGCUCAUGGAAGUACUCAAUGCGCAAGCUUCUACAUCACAUUCAUAUGGCCAUUUGCCUGGUGACAAACGAGCCACGGAAAAUUGGGAUGGAGUAGAUUUGAAUGAACAAUCAUCAGGUCUUUCCGCAGUUACUCCUGGGACUCAUGACCUAUGGUCCUGGGCCAACACGGUGGACCCUGAGACUUGGUCUGGUUACUGUCAUGAAAUCAAUGAUAUGCUAAUAGAUCUCCCUGAGAUCCCCUCUGGCAUCGAUCAUUUCGCCCAGUAA